AUGAAUCCAAUUCCUAUUACUGUACUCGCAGAACCUUUAAAUGAUACCAUGAUUGCCGUUGAGUGGCAUGGUAGUAAUGACAUACGCAUCAAUACAAAACGUCAAAAACCUGUCCUCAUUCAACCAACCGACGCCAUUGUUCGUAUAACCGGAACUACUAUAUGUGGAUCCGAUUUACAUUUGUAUCAUAAUGAAAUCCCUGGGAUGAAGAAAGCUGAUAUCGUGGGUCAUGAAGGAAUGGGCAUCGUUGGUGAAAAGGUCGCAAAUAUUAAACCAAAUAACCGCGUUGUCAUUUCCGCUAUGAUUGCAUGUGGACAAUGUGAGUAUUGUCAAAAAAAAUUGUUUAGUUGUUGCGACGUCACCAAUCCAAGUAAAGAGAUGGAUGAAUUAUCCGGUAAUUAUCAAAGCUUUUCUCCUUCCAAUUUUUGUCAUAGAUCUAAUAUUUAUAAUGGGUUUUCAGGUUAUCGUACCUGUGGGAUGUUUGGAUAUUCCCAUUUGACUGGCGGAUAUGAUGGAAUUCAAGCUGAAUACGUUCGGGUUCCUUAUGCUGAUGUCAACCUUCUUCAAGUUUCGGAAGAAGAUUAUCAAACUUUAGGGGAAAAAUUGGUCUUAUUAUCGGAUGUUGCAUGUACUGGUUGGCAUGCCAACGAAUUAGGCGAAGUGUCUAAAGGUGAUAUUGUUGGAAUUUGGGGAUGUGGACCAAUUGGCUUAAGCGCAAUCGCAUGGGCGAAAUUUCGUGGCGCGUCGCGUAUAAUCGCGAUCGACUGUGUUCCGCAACGUUUAGCAAAGGCACAUGAUUUUGGAGCCGAAACAAUUAAUUUCAAAGAGCAUAAAGAUAUAGUCGCUAAAAUGAAGUUUAUUGUUCCCGGUGGACUGGACGUUGCAAUCGAGUGCGCAGGAUUUCGUUAUACCAAAACUCUUAAACAACUGGUAGAAAAAACACUCUUGGCUGAGACUGAUAGUACUGACGCAUUAGAUGAAGCAAUUCGUUGUGUUAAAAAAGGUGGAAGAAUUUCUAUCGUUGGAGUAUUUGUCGAAAAGGUCAACAAUUUUCCGAUUGGUGCGGUUAUGGAAAAGUCACUCACUUUGCGAAGCGGUCUAGUUCAAGUGCAAAAAUAUUGGGUUCAACUUUUAUCAAUCAUGAAAAUCAAUAAAGUGAACAUGAAUAUCUUUACUCAUCACGGGAAUUUGGAAGAUGCCGGAAAAUUUUAUAAAAUGUUUGAUAAGAAAGAAAAUGGGGUAAUUAAAGUCUUCUUGCGUGUUGGCGAUCAGUGUAAAAAUCAGCACGAAAGGUAA